AAGAAGACUCUAGAAAUCUGUACGUCUUUGGAAUGUGGAUACUGGAAUAUGCAUUUUGAUAUUUGCAGGAGCUGGUGGUCAUCGUAACGAAGUUUUGAGUGUGGACUUUCAUCCUUCAGACAUAUAUCGCAUUGCAAGUUGUGGCAUGGACAACACUGUUAAGAUUUGGUCAAUGAAAGAAUUUUGGACAUAUGUGGAGAAGUCAUUCACAUGGACAGAUCUUCCUUCAAAAUUUCCCACAAAAUAUGUGCAGUUCCCUGUCUUCAUUGCUUCUGUUCAUUCGAGUUAUGUUGACUGUAAUAGGUGGCUUGGUGAUUUUGUUUUGUCAAAGAGUGUUGACAAUGAAAUUGUGUUGUGGGAGCCAAAAAUGAAGGAACAGUCUCCUGGAGAGGGUACGGCUGAUAUCCUCCAAAAAUACCCUGUUCCUGAGUGUGAUAUCUGGUUUAUCAAGUUCUCCUGUGACUUCCAUUACAAUGCAGCUGCUAUUGGUAAUAGGGAAGGGAAGAUUUAUGUUUGGGAGCUGCAAAGUAGCCCCCCUGUUCUCAUCGCAAGGCUCUCUCACGCGCAGUCAAAAUCUCCGAUCAGACAGACUGCCAUGUCCUUCGAUGGAAGUACAAUCCUCAGCUGUUGCGAGGAUGGAGCUAUAUGGAGAUGGGAUGCUGUACCAACUUCCUGAGUUAUCUAAGUGGGUUAACUUGAAGACCUUUGUUAAAGCUCUUUUGUUGUAUUGUUAAAUUAUAGAGGACAUGAACAUAAAGUUGACUGCAUGACUCCUUUAAGUAAACCUGUUGCAUUUUAUUGACAAAUUUGACUGCCAUGACAAAAUUUGGGGUGCUCACAGGUUGCUAAAAAUGGUUACUUUUUAC